GGGAAGGAGGGGGAGGCGGCCAUGGAUGACCAGGGCUGCCCGCGGUGCAAGACCACCAAGUACCGCAACCCCUCCUUGAAGCUGAUGGUCAACGUCUGCGGGCACACGCUAUGCGAGAGCUGUGUGGAACUGCUGUUUGUGAGAGGGGCUGGGAAUUGCCACGAGUGUGAUACCCCCCUGAGGAAGAGUAACUUCAGGGUACAGCUCUUUGAGGAUCCUGCUGUUGACAAGGAAGUGGAAAUUCGGAAGAAAGUGCUGAAAAUAUACAAUAAAAGAGAGGAGGACUUCCCCAGUCUAAGGGAAUAUAAUGAUUUCCUGGAAGAAAUAGAAGAAAUUGUAUUUAACUUGACCAACAAUGUGGAUUUGGAGAACACGAAAAGAAAAAUGGAGCUGUACCAGAAGGAUAACAAAGAAGUCAUUCAGAAAAAUAAGUUAAAACUGACACGGGAGCAGGAGGAGCUGGAAGAAGCUCUAGCGGUAGAGAGACAGGAAAGUGAACAAAGGAGGCUGCUCAUGCAGAAAGAAGAACAAAUGCAGCAGAUGAUGAAAAGGAAGAAUAAGCAAGCACUCUUGGAUGAUCUGGAGAGCUCCAAUCUUCCUGCUUCACUGCUUUUAGCUCAGCACAAGGACAGAUCUACUCAGCUAGAAAUGCAAGUGGAAAAACCCAAACCUGUCAAACCAGUCACGUUUUCCACUGGCAUCAAAAUGGGUCAGCAUGUUUCACUAGCUCCCAUUCAAAAGGUAGAGGAAGCUUUGUAUGAGUAUCAACCUCUGCAAGUGGAGACAUAUGGACCACAAGUUCCAGAGCUUGAAAUGCUGGGAAGGCUGGGGUAUCUCAACCAUGUACGAGCCGCCUCUCCCCAGGAUCUUGCUGGGGGCUACAGUUCUUCUCUUGCUUGUCACCGAGCUUUGCAAGAUGCUUUCAGUGGGCUUUUCUGGCACCCCAGUUAGCGAGUGGGCACCAGCCUAUGUGAUCCAGGGACACUGAAUGGAGCAAGAAGCAGACCAAGCCAGCAGAGGUUGGGGAAAAUUGCACAAGGGCGAAGCUGCAGUCACUUUUUCUGUGUAAAGACCCAGCUGCCUGUAAGUGUUAAAAGAAGAAAAAAAAAAACCCACCACACCAACCCCGUCUGCACAAGAGCUUUGUGAAAUGGUAGAUACAUUUUUGUGGAGGGGGAAACUCGUUAGUCAUGUGGCACUUUGCUGAGGGAGGCUGAAGCAAUAAGCCACAUCUAAUGGAAGAUGUGAAUAACUCAGCUGUGUAUGUUUGAGGUUUAAAGAAAUACACUUGUAAAUUUUUUUUUAAAUAAAGCCAGCCUUUUUUAUUAAAGUUUGUGGUUUUACUCUUAUUGCAGGGUUUUAUUUGCACAAGCAUUUAAAUGCCAUUUUGAUUAUAACAUUUAGUGUCAAUAUUCAAGCCUACAUUUUCUUCCUAUAAAACUAGUUUCCCCAGUUCAGACAAGUGGGUUUUUCCUCCUGCCAGCUGGAUGAGAUGAGAAACCCUGGAACUGUACUGAAACAACUCUUGUGCAGGAUCCUUCCUGAUGUCACUUGGUUCUUACCUUUGUCUGGAAAACAGAUCUGUAGCUGAAAGUUUUUAAACUGAGGUCCUCCAGAAGCAACCUGAGAAACAUUGAUACAAGGUGAGGUCAUUAGUCAAAAUUGGAGUUGGUUUUUUUCCUGUUUAGUUCUGUUUGCAACUUUUCUGUUGAGUUCAGGAGCUUCUUUUGGCAGGAACAUCCAUCCCUUUGCCUGGUUUUGGGACGUCCCUUGCCACUGAAUCUGCUGCUUUUACAUAUUCCUUCCCCUCUCCUUGCAGUGGAAUAUAAACUGAUUGCAGUGGAGAUGGGCUUCCUGGGAUGGGAUUGGUUUUUGCCACAAGUGUGUAUGAACUGCAGGAGACUGGAAACAGCAGAACAGGGAGUGCCUCUAAAGCCUGGACCAUGUUUUAUGGAUCAUCCUUUAAUAAUUGUUGAAAAGGGCUCUGAGGAGUGUACUAAAUUAAUGUAUUUUUUUCUAUGUUGUAAUAAAGAAAAGAAUACUCUA